AUGGAGGAGAACCACGACGAUCCAGUGCCCUCUGAUAUGGUAGUCAUAGACAGCAGUGGCGCUGUCUUCAUUUCCCUUGACUACGUCGACAAGAUCCCAGCCACGCCACCCGACUUGCCAGUCAGCGAGAGGUUCUUCCUGGAGACACCUGAGGAGGGAAACCUGGAUCGUGUCUCCAUCACACAACAACAUCAGAUCUUUGUGUCCUUGCAGUUCUUGAACAUACUGCUAGCCACAGCAAAGACUGAACCCCUACGAGCUGAGCUUACUCUAGACAGGGCUUUUGAGGGAGUCCAGAAGGUCUUCUUGCGACUGGUGGACCUGGAUGGGCAUGAAGUGUCUGUGGAUGGUAAGGGCAGCGCUCAAAACGAUUCUAUCAUACGACGAAUCAAGCAACUGCCUAUACGAGAGCCAAACAGACAAAACCAACAACAGCUACAACACUACCAGAAUGAUGGCAAUGGCGAGAAACAUGUCAUAGAAGGCUCCUUUCAGCUAUAUGACAGCCAUGGUGGGCUCGAUGGAGCAGUAGCAUCAUGGACACCGUCAGCAUUGCAAUCAGACCAGACUGAUGACAGCAGAGAUGAUGAUAAUGGUGGUGGUGCCCUCACAGGAUUGGCCGAAGAAGACAACGUCGACACUGGCCACCAAGAAAGCCUUCAGCCCCCACAAACGCCCCCAUCUCGCAUCAACAGACCCAUCAUCCACACCCCACGCCCUGCAGCGCUCUCCAGCAGCAACGAACCCACGCCCGCCGCCCCUACACACCGAAGCAACCGUCCGAUCCUGGUACAACUCCAAGCCCUCCAGCUGACCGACAACAAGACCCUCUCCAAGCUCCUAAACAACACCUUCACACGCGCCCUCGACAAGCUCGAGCGACCCCGCGACCACCUCCUCCACCUCGCGACCCUCGCCACCGGCCAGGUCUGCACCGUCCGCAUCUUCGAGCACAUCUACGCCCGCGGCGAGGACCUCGGCCCCCCGCCCGACCUCAACGACCCCGAGCUGUCCGACCGGCCCAUCACCACCUACCAGAUCUUCGAGCUCUGGCGCAUCCUCCGACAAGUUGCCAGGACCGAGCACGGCCGCGAGUUCUGGCCCCCGGCCCGCGAGAUGUGGCCGGCGCAGUGGUCCCGCCACGCCCACCGCGUCGCGGAGCCCGUCGACAUGUCCACCAUGCGCAAGAAGCUGUUCCGCCGCGCCUACGCGAGCAUGGGCGCGUUCCGAAGCGACGUCGACCGCCUGCGCGACAACGCCGAGCGGUUCUUUGGGGAGGGCGCCGAGGUCGCGAUGGCUGCGCGCCGCACCGUGGACGACAUCUAUGCCAUGAUGGGCGAGGCGUGCGCCGUAGGGCCCCUCGAUGUGCAGGAGCCCUUGUUCCUCGGCUUGGUCCGCAAGCUCGUCAUUGACGACGCGGCCGCCGCUCGACGUCCUCACCCCAAGUUCGUCCUCCCGCUCGGCACCCUCCAUGUCGCGGCGCGUUUCGGCGAGGAGGCUAAUCCGACAGCCUGUUUCCUGCUGAUGGACGUCACCAGUCCCCGCAAGGCCCUGUGGCUCUUUUGCCGGAGCCACGAGGUCUGCCGCCUCGUCAUGCUGGCGGACGACAUCAAGCUCUGGAGGCUCGCCGAUCCUCUGGUUGGUGGUGGCGAUGCCGAUGACGACGACCAUAACGUCCACAACGGUGGCUUGAUGGGCAGAGAUCAAGACCCGGAUGAGCCGUCCCCGCGCCGCAACACGCUCAUGAGGGAGUAUCCCGAGUCCAAGAUCGAGCUCGCCAGCGGCGCCAUCUCCUUCAAGCGCGCCUUUAGACAGCAGGCUCUGCAGGUCAUCAAGAAGGGAUGGCGGGGUCCCGCGGGCGCUGCCACUCGGAAGCGUCGGCACAACCAGGACUUGGAAGGUGGUGAGGACGAUAGCGAUGCAGACUGGACACCACUGCCGAAGCGUCGACGCAUUAGAAAGUCUGGCAGAACAGUCCCGGAUGGUAGUGUCUAG